GUGCAGCACGGGCCCCCAUCGCCAGGCGCGGCACCCCCAAGAGGCAGGUGCGGCCAGAUUCCCUGGUGAUUUACCGUCAGAAAUGCGAGUUUGGGAGAGGUCAAAGCCAGGAUGGCUCACGGGCGAGCUUGGUGAGGAGAAUCUUCCAGGGGUCCGUGAAGGAGAAGCAGUUGGCUUCCCCUGUGAUGCCCAGAGUCAUGGAGGACACCACAGGCACUGAAAGCAAUGAGCUUUUCUCAGCAAAAGACAGUGACCGUGAGCCGAGCAACCAUGGAGCAGAGCACACCGUCGAGGUGAGUGUUGAAGCCCCAGAGGCAUGUUCGAGAGAGCAUGACAGACCCUCAAAACUGAGUAUACCUCCUGAAGAGGUCAAGGAGGUGAAGAGGAGAGGUCUCCAUCGCUCCCAGUCGGACAUCAGCUCUCGCUACUCCAAGUCCUUCUCCGAGUUUGAUACAUUUUUCAAGUACUGUGGCCUGGAGCAGGAAGUCAUCGAGGAUCUCGGGAGAGAGAACUUCUCCAUAGUGUCCGACAACAUCUCCUUCAAGAUCCGCAGCAUCAGUGUGGCAACGUCUGAAAGCGACUUCACGAGGCACAGCGGGGACGAGGGGCUGCUGGAGGACGAACUCACGGAGCAGGUCCCCAGCAGCACCUCUGUGAUUGAGCGCAACGCUCGCAUCAUCAAAUGGCUGUACACGUGUAAGAAAGCCAAGGAGAGUAACAAGGUGAUCCAGGAGCUGGCGUGA